UCCCAGGAUGGUGGCGCCCAGCGGUGCAAUGAGCGAUUCGGAGAACAGCAGCAGUGGCAGCAGCGAUGCGGAGGAAUUGGCACGGUGUCGCGAGGCGGCGACGCCCGCCUGGGGGCAGGAGCAGCGCCCGGGGGCAGCGGAGAGACCCGAAGCCGCGGACUCCACCGUCAGCAUCUCCAGUGCUCGCCCCUCCCAGAGCACACUGCACAGCACCAGCAGUCACCCCAUAAACCAUAGUCAAAUUACACCUGGGCUUGCCUGCUCCAUUGCCAUCGCAGAAGUAUGGAAGAAGUCGCAAAAGGCACGUGUGCAGCAGGCGGCAAAGGCGCAGCAGGCGGCGAAGGAGGAGGGCGGGUUCCGCCUUUUCUUCACAUCUGUCCCCGGAGAGCAUAAGAAGGAAGCCUCUCCAAGACCCUGCCGGAAGCGCCAGCCCUCCAGCUCCAGUGAGGACAGUGACGAGGAACUUCAGCGGUGCCGGGAGGCAGCUGUGUCGGCUUCAGACAUUCUCCAGGAGUCAGCCAUACACUGCCCUGCCAAGGCCGAGGAGGAGGCCGAGGAGAAGAAGAAGUUGAAAAAGAAAGGCAAGAAGAAGGCGGACAACGCCGGCCUGGCUGCAGCCCCAGGCCUGGGAAAGGUAAAGGAGGCAGGCGGUGUCACUGGGGACCCGGUGUCGCUUGGGACCCAAAAGAAGAAAAAGAAGAAGAAGACCAAGAAAGCCAGAGAGGCUGCCCUGUGCCCACCAGCAGAGUGUGCAGUGGCGAAGCCUGAGAACUGACCCCAGGCUGGAGGUCCGGUGGCCACCAGCCCUGAGGAUCAGGUGCCCGUGGAGUUAGGGCAGAGCCAAGCCUCACUCCCAGUUUUCAGCUUCCCGCACUGACUGCCCAAGGGUGACUUUAGGUGGGUUUGCUAAGAGUCCAAGCAAAAGGAGUGGGUGUAUGGGGAGAGGCCUGCGUAAGGCUGGAACGCAAUUGUGGUCCCAGAACAUUGCCCGGCUUUUAGACUGAAUCUCAGAGCAUCCAUCUCCCCAGCCUGCGCAGCCUCGCAUGACAGUUGUCCUUGAGAAUGAUGGGCAGGGGUCUCCACGCUGCCGAGGCCCCGGAAAACAUUUGUACCUCUCCCCCAGCCCACACAGACUUAGUAACAUUGUCUGGAAAAGAAGGGAAGAUGUCCCCACCUCCUCCUCCUGUCCCCACAUCUGUCUGUAACAUGCUGAUUUGUUAAUGACCCAGGUAAGUCCAUCACUGACAGUCAGGUGCCAGAAGGCCGAGCACCUGCUUAGUGGUAGGCUGCAUGCAGGCUUGGGUGCAUGGCCCCAAGGAAGAGAAAAAGGAAAAUAAAUUCUCACGUGGCCCAAGACCUACGCUAGCCCUGCCCUGGUCGGUGCCGAUCCUUUUUGUCUUAUUGUCUGGAAGAGUCUCCCGGUUUGCCUCCUGUGCGGUUACACCACCGAGCCGUCAGUGCCAGGGAAUCAAACCAGGGGCAUCCCACUUACCACGCAGGCAUCAGGCCACUGAGCUGCCUCCUCUGUGCCGAAUGUUAAGGGGGCAUCGUAUAUAAAAACCACAUGUGGCUCCAUCCACCCACACCCAGAUACCCUCCGUCACCCCAGCUUUGGGACUCCAGGGAAUGGUAGCACACUUGGACUACUGGGCAGGUUUCUUGCAGUAACGAGGACACAGAGAUUCAGGCAGAGUCACCUCAUUUCCAGUUAAACAAAAAGAUGUGCGGUUCUUCAUUCUGCCUUCCCUCCUGGCCACUAAUGGAUAGUCAGGAAGCUUCCACACGCUUUUUUACCGACUUUACUAAAAGUUAAAUAAACAUACAGGCUCGCCCAUGGUCGGCUGUAAGCUGCAGUCCCGGGAUACUGGCUCUUUCCAGGCCGACGGACGGGGGAGCCGGCUGAAUAGGCCCGAGGAGACAAAGUCAAGUGUGAUGUGUUUCCCUGGGCUGCCGGGGACCCAGGAUUCCUCAGAAUGGCUGUCAGCCCCCAGGCCGCUUAGGUGGCUUCUCUCUGCUGGUCUCCAUACUCUCUCCACUAGACACUGCCCAGGCCUUGACUUCUGAGUUCUGCAGGUCUCCUUCCCUCCCUCACACCAGAAAGGAAGUUGUCAGGGCCCUACAGGCAGAGGAGCGGAUUGCCCAGGGUGUGGCCUUGGCA